AUGCUCCAACUGCAGCUGGCCAGGCUUACGGAGUGCGUUUUGGUGCAGCUGGAUGGUCGCAUGCGAAGCUUGGAGCAGGACCUCCGGAAGGUCUCCGGACAGCGACUGGAGGCCGAUACCUCCGCUGCUCUUUCGUCGGGCUCCGACGAGCCCGGGGAUGGGUUCAACCCGCCGCUUAGCCUCGUUGUGUCCCAGUCUGGCAACCCCUCUGCCGUGGUCACCGUGGAAGCUCGCGCGCGUGACAAGGUGCAGGAUGUCAAGACGCAGGCGCACCAACAGUUGGCCAUUUGGACUCGGUUCUGCAACCUUGAGCUAGAGGAGGCCCAGGAGCUUCCGCCGCUGAGUGCCUGCAGGCUGAGCAAGAGCGAGGGAGACCUGCUCGACGACCGCAAGCGCCUCUCACAAUGCCGCGUGAGUAAUGGAGACGAGCUUCAACUUGGGCCAAGGAGCGAAGCCAGCGACGCCAGACGCGGAAGUAGAGGACGGGAGGUACCAAAUGUCGAGGAAGAGGACAUGCCAAGCACAAUCAUUGACGUGCUGGUGUCACACCCACGCGGCGAAGUGAACAUCGAGGCCCGCAGCAGCGAGCAGGUGCUCGCCUUGAAGCGCCGCGCCCUGCAGCAGUUGGAGGUCUGGUGCCGCUUUAGCGACGCCUGCGACGGCGACCAUGGGGCGGCCCUGCCCACCUUGGAGGAAGCCAGGCUCUACGCCGCUGGCAGCGGCGAUGGGCACGUACUGCCUCAGCCCUUGGAGGAGCGACGGAGCCUACGUGCGUGUGGCCUACAGGUGCGGGACAGGGAGGACGUUUGGGAUAGGUGUUGUGGCUUCGACGCCGAAAUGGCGGCUAGUUUGUCGGAGGACGGCAGGCUGCGCGCUGGCACGCAGCACCUGCAGUCCUUGGGCCGCGGUUCUCGAUGGCGAGGUGCCGUGAACUGCUUGGAGCAGCUGACCCAAGAGCUGCAGGCAGAUGUGGUGGUCAUCUCCGCGGCCCUCACCGCCUGCGCGCCUGGAGCUGCCUGGGUCCACGCGCUGCGCCUCCUGCGGACAGCGGUGGACGCCGCGCUGCGCGCCGACGUGGUGGCAUACGGCGCGGAGAUCGCGGCGUGCGAGAAAGCCAGCCAGUGGCGCUUUGUCCAAAGCCUUCUCACGGCGCGCAUCGCCAACGACCCCUCGGUGAUGCGCAACUCGGUGAUGCGAAACGCGGCCAUCAGCGCGACUGGGGCGAAAGGCGCAUGGCAACAGGCCCGGCAGCUGCUGAAGUCGGACAGUGCCGACAUUGUCACCUACAACGCCCUCAUCAGCGCGGAUAUUUCCUGGCAGCUCGCCAGCGCCUGGCUGCACUUGGCUCAGGCCAAAGGUCUCGAGGCCGAUGCCAUCACCUACAACGCCACCAUCAGUUCCUUGGGCAACAGCUGGCGCCGCGCUUGCGAGUUCUUGCGAGAGCUCGGCAUUGGGCGCUUGACAGCAGAUGUGGUCACUUACAACGCCACCUUGGCAGCUGGCGCCGAAGCAGCAUGGCAACAGGCCAGCGCCCUCUUGGCGGAUCUCACGGCGCGAGGUCUACGCGCAGACGCCUACAGCUUCAGCGCGGCUAUGACCGCCAGUGACAAAAGCGGCCAGUGGCAACACGCCGAGCGACUCCUCGUGCGCCGCCCGCGGUUGGGGCGCAAUGCGGUGCUGGCGAACGGCUGCCUCAGCGCCCAAGAGAAAGGCUCGCAGUGGCGCAGGGUGCAGCUGAUGCUUGGCGAGCUGAAAGGCGACGGCUGCAGGCUGGAGCUUCUUGGGCUGAACGCGGGCAUCAGCGCCUGCCAGAAGUGCUCCAAGUGGCAGCGAGGCCAAGCGCUACUCACGGACUUGGAGGCGGGCACUCGCUUCGAGAGAUGCAGGGAAUGA